AUGGGUGCCAACCUCAGUUCUCUCAUCGAGAAGGAGGCUCAGGAUCCGGACGGUGCCAAGGUCCGCGAGCAGCUGGACAUUCUCAUGAAACUUGCCGAUGCUAGACUUGAUACCUUCGAGUCAGAGCUGACAACUAUGUUCCUUGACAAUGCGUCCACAGCCAAGCGCAGUGUCCCAGGAAAGCGUGCAUUGCGCUUUGAGAGGUCUGUCCGUGUCAACUGCGGUAAGGAGUACGGCAAGGACCUCUCUACCACGAUUGACACCUACUUUGGGUAUGGAGGUUCCAACACAAAGCCGUUGGGUGUUGAGGAGGACGCUCUCAAUGGCUUCAAGACCGUCGUCACGCGCGGAAUGGAAGAGUUCCUCACCGACACCUCUGCUGGUGAGGCCUAUGACAAGAAAUUCUUCGUCUGUAUCAAGCACAAUGCUAUUAUUCGCGUGGAUGUGUACACUUACCGGUACAACUUCACUAAGGGUGGUGUCUUCGCCCAGAACGAGUACAACAACGUGCUUGGAUAUGUCAUGUGCACCUCUGUCGUUGACCACACGGCUUUGACCGUCGACGAGAUUGUCUUCCUUGCCUCGGAAUUUGCUGGCGAUCAGCCCUGGCAGUACGAGACUUACCUCUGGCAGCUCAUUCACGUCUGGAGAUGGCUGGGAGAUAAGACGGUGACAAUGGACCCCAAGGUCCAAGAAGAGACUAGGGUUGUCACCGCUCGUCCCAAGGAGAGUAAGAAGAUUGAUUCUAAAAAUUCUGAGAAUGAUCAGAAAGUCCGCGACGUCGGACCACCUCCUGAGGCUGGGUCGGGUUCGUCGGCCACUGUUGAAACUCAAAGUUGA